AUGGUUCCAAAUGAAGAUCAUCAGUAUAUGGGAAUUCUCUGGUUGCUUCUCCAUUUUGGAUGGACGUGGGUUGGGCUGUUGGCGGUGGAAGAUGAAAGCGGUGAACAUUUUGUGCAGGCCAUGGAGCCAUUGCUAUCCCAAAACGAAAUCUGCUUGGCCUUCAUUCAACGAGUCCCAAAGCAAUUCUUUUGGAAUACGUUUGAUGACAUAAAUGCUUUUGUCUCAAAUGCUGAUGGAUCUUUUUCAGAUAGCAAAGCCAGUGCACUUAUUUUCUAUGGAGAAUCCACAAGCAUUAUAGCAUUCAACUUAUUUAUGCAUCUAGGAAAUCCUGGAAGUAAGGAAAAUGCUGCAUUAGGGAAAGUGUGGAUAAUGACAGCCCAGACUGAUUUUGUAUUAACAGGCCAUAUAAAGGGCUGGGAUUUCCAAUUCUUCCAAGGGGCCAUUUCCUUCACAGUCCACACAAUGGAGGUUCUAGGGUUCCGGAAAUUUCUUCAGCACAUAAAACCUGACUCAACCCAAGGAGAUGGUUUUCUCCGGGACUUCUGGGAGCAAGUAUUUGACUGCACACUUUCCAAUCCGCUGCAGCUGUUGAAAGCUGAUGACACAUGUACUGGAGAGGAAAAGCUGGAGAGCCUUCCAUAUCCUGUUUUUGAAGUGCUCAUGACUGGCCACAGUUAUAGCAUUUACAAUGCGGUCUAUGCCAUAGCACAUACUCUGCAGGCCCUUCGCUCAUCAAGAUCCAAGCAUGGAGCAAUGACAGGUGGCAAAAAAAUUGAAUUUCUCCAUGUCCAGCCUUGGCAGCUGCACCUGAUUCUUCAAGUCCUUUCAUUUAAUAACUCAGCUGGAGAAAUGAUAUCUUUUGAUAAAUCCAGAGAGAGGAAAGCUGGAUUUGAUAUAAUGAAUCUGGUCACAUCUCCAAACAAGUCCUGCAGGAGUAUAAAGGUUGGAAGGGUGGAUCCCAACACUCUUGAAGGAAAAGAAUUCAUAAUUGAUGAAGAUAUGAUUGUAUGGCAAGCCAAUUUUAAACAGGUGCUACCUCUAUCUGUCUGCAAUGAUUUCUGUCCUCCUGGUUAUCAGAAGAAAAAGAAGGAAGGGGAGAAAUUUUGCUGCUAUGAGUGCAUUCCUUGCCCAGCAGGGAAGAUAUCAAACCAGAAGGAUGCGGAAGAUUGCAUCAAAUGUCCAGCAGAUCAAUAUCCAAGCAAGGAUAAAGAUGGAUGCAUUCCUAAAAAAUUAAGCUUCCUGUCUUUUGAAGAACCUCUAGGAAUUGGUCUGCUUUCACUUGGUCUUGCUCUGUCCCUGACCACAGCCUUAGUCUUAGGAAUGUUCAUUAAACACAGAGGUACCCCCAUUGUCAAGGCCAACAACAAGGAUAUCACCUAUCUUCUCCUCAUAUCCCUUCUCUUCUGCUUCCUCUGCUCUUUGCUGUUCCUUGGAGAACCAAGCAAGAAGUCCUGCUUCCUCCGACAAUCUGUUUUUGGCAUUGUCUUCUCAGUGGCUGUGUCUUGUGUGUUGGCCAAAACCAUCACUGUGGUUGUAGCUUUCAUGGCCACCAAACCAGGGUCCGGCAUGAGGAAGUGGGUGGGGAAAAGGCUAGCCAACUCCAUAGUCCUUUCCUGCUCCUUCAUUCAAUCAGCCAUUUGUAUGACGUGGCUAGCAACCUCUCCCCCAUUUCCAGAUUUCGACAUGCAGUCUCUGACUUCAGAGAUUGUAGCUCAAUGUAAUGAAGGUUCUGCCACCAUGUUUUACAUUGUCCUGGGCUACAUGGGACUUCUGUCCUUCAUUAGCCUGAUUGUGGCUUUCCUUGCUAGGAAGUUGCCAGAUAGUUUCAACGAAGCCAAAUUCAUCACCUUCAGCAUGCUGAUCUUUUGCAGUGUUUGGGUGUCCUUUGUUCCAACGUACCUGAGCACCAAAGGAAAAUACAUGGUAGCCAUGGAGAUCUUCUCUAUCCUGGCCUCCAGUGCUGGCUUACUGGGCUGUAUAUUUUCUCCAAAGAUUUACGUUAUUGUCCUGAGACCUGAGCUGAACACAAAAGAGGAGAUAAUCAGGAGAAAGAAUUAA